AUGUUUCUUAAAAGUAUAAUAUCGUUAUUGUUUGGACACAUCACGCAAAGUGUUGUGAACUAUUUUAUUACUGGCCUUCCUGGUCUCCGUGCUGAGACUGGCAUUGCUACAUGUCUGAUGGAGGACAUGAAGGAGACUAGGGAACAAAAUAGGCAAUUGAUGGAGAUAGUCAAUAAGCUGAUCGACCUGGGGAUCAAGGAGGACCGUCAAGAGCUCGAGCAGCCUCCUCGUUGCAGGAGAGAAGAGGAAAAAGAGGGGGCUGCUGUUCCUCUGGACCCCUCUGAGGAUGACAAGACUGAACGUAAGGAAGCGUCUACACAGACGCCUGCAGGAGGAGAAGGACUGGAGAGAAACGAAGAAAGACAAGCCCCGCCGAUGGACAGCUCCCUCAUGCGAGAGAAUGCCUUAUUGAAGGAAGCCCUCGAGAGGGAGAGGAGAGAACGUGAGGAAGUGAAGAAGGAGCUCCUGAUAGCCCAAGAAGAUCUAAGAAUCGCUCAAGUGGGAUUGUGCCUGGAUCGGCGCCAGAUAGACAAUCUGAAGGCUGAAAUCGCUGAACUAGACGAAGCGAUUGAAAGACAUUUAACGCUCGAGGUAGAACUGAGAAGAGAGAACAGGGAGCUGAUGGAUCGUCUCUCUCAAACAGAAGGAAGGACCGCGAAGGAGGAAGAGGUCUCACACCCUCAAAAGGAAGAUUUCGGAAGGAAGACAGUCUCCAGUCUUGGAACUGAUGAAGCGAGUGGCUCUCCUGAGGAAUCUGUUGACCUAAAAGUCGAGGUCAGCACAGCUCGCAAGACAAGCGAAGAAGAACUGGAAGAACUUGAAACCGAUGUUGACGACGUAUGCUGGCAAGAGGAUGACGAGUCCACAGGAUCAACGCAAUCAAGAGAAUCGGGAGAGUGGGAAAUGGCGUGGGAGUGGAAUAUGACUAAAUCAGAUGAAUUGACUCUGUCCGAAAAAAGAAAGGUCCUUCUGUUCAUCAGAAAAAUUCUGGCGGGCAUACAAUCCAUACACGCUUUGUGGGACUUGGUUGAGAAGUGCUCCGAUCGCUGGGAAAAAAGGCAGCAGAAGAAGCAGCAGAAGAAGGAAGAGAAGGAGAAAAAGAAGCAGGAAAAGGAGGAAAAGAAGAGGAAAAAGAAGGAAAAGAAGAAGGGCAAGAAGAAGGGCAACACUCCGACUCCUGAGCCACCCGCAGUUCCUCCAGAUGCAGUUCCUCCAAAUGCUUACGAUAUGCAGGAUUUGCUCUAUGGACCCCAAGGACUUGGAGAUCUGCCAAGUCAAUAUCAAAGAGCGCCUGACCCUGGAUAUGGGCUUCCUGUUCCAGGCCCUCCAGGUGAAGUACGUGUUCCUGCCAGAAUCCCACACCCUCCAGGUGAAGGAUAUCCUCCCGGAGUCCCACGCCCUCCAGUAGUCCCACGCCCUCCAGGUGAAGGAUAUCCUCCCGGAGUCCCACGCCCUCCAGUAGUCCCACGCCCUCCAGGUGAAGGAUAUCCUCCAGUAGUCCCACGCCCUCCAGUUGUCCCACGCCCUCCAGGUGAAGGAAUUCCUCCCGGAGUCCCACGCCCUCCAGGUGAAGGAUAUCCUCCCGGAGUCCCACGCCCUCCAGGUGAAGGAUAUCCUUUCAGAGUCCCACGCCCUCCAGGUGAAGGAUAUCCUCCCAGAGUCCCACGCCCUCCAGGUGAAGGAACUUUCCCUGCCAGAGUCCCACGCCCUGCAGGUGAAGGAUUUGUACCUUCCGGAGUCCCACGCCCUGCAGGUGAAAGACCUGCACCGCCAAGAAAACCACCUCCAAAAGAUUAA